CAGCAGAUCGGUACGGAUUCAAGGGGGCUCCAGUUUGUUAACCUGACCUCUGUGGAUCAAUCUGUACAAGAUGAAAGGUGCUAGCGGACUGUCUCUCCUGCUCCUAAUGGUAUGUGGAUCCAGCUUUGGCCUACAGGAAAGUAUGGAGGACCGUGAACCUUGGGAGAGAAUUCAGUUGUGGAAGAUACUGACUGAUGGGGAGGAGAACAUCCCAGCAUCUCUCCUACGUCAAGCAAACCUAAGAGAGAAGAAAUCGACCGACCCGGCAUCACUGUUCAGCGUAGCCAAGGAACUCCAAGGUUUUGGGAAAGAAAGAGCAGGCUUUAGGUUUAGGUUUGGCAGGAGAGACGAGGGGAAUGACGUUGAAGACUUUGAACCGCAAAUUGACAAACGUGUAGGCACAGCCCUUGGAUCACUGGCUGAAGAGCUGAACGGUUACAAUAGAAAGAAAGGUGGCUUCAGUUUCCGAUUUGGAAGGCGAUAGAUCAAAACAUUCCAUCAGUCUAUGUGCCAAUCUCUCUAAUCAUUUUAUAUCUCCUGUUCCCUGCGAGCGCUUAAGUUUUAAAAAA